UGAUCAACCCCUUUUUCCUCUCCUUGGAAAGAAUGGUUCUUGCCUUUCUAAGCUCUAUUGUUUACAAAUACAUAAGCUCAUGGAGGUGUUCUUAUGUAAUGUAUGCAGGAGUAUGGACAGCUCUUUUGACAGUAACCGUGGCAGUGGCGGCUUUGACACCCGAAACGACGUUUAUAUGGGCUAUAACUCCGUCAUCGGCGUUUUCUACGGUGUGCAACUCCGACGACAGUUUUCGGGUUCCGGUGGAUCUUCCGUCGAACGUAGUGUGCUUGCCUUCUAAGCUCUUUCAACGCUCUAAGAUUGAUCUUUUGGUGCCUCCUAUUUUUGCUGCUCUUGUGGUUGCUACUUCUGCUUGUGUUGUUAGAAGUUUUGGGUUGUGAUCAGAGGCGGAUUUAAGAUUUUAACUUUGAGGCGGAAGGAUUAUAAUAUAGUUGUUUUAUGUAUAGAGGUUGAUUUGAGUACUUUUGGAUUCUCUAUUGUAUUAUUAAUUGUUUGUUUUCUUUGUUUUUUAACUUUUUAGUCAUUUCCCAUUAAAUAUCUUAACAUUUUUCUUGUUUUUGAUUUAAGUUAUGGCACUCCAAGCCCCUUUGUGGGUCCACCAAUAGUUUGCUUUAGAUUGAUAUAGUGUUUUCAAUAUCAU